ACAAUUCUCUCCCCCAUCCCUAAUUCCUUAACCCUCUUCAUAAGCUCUUCCCUCACUCCUCACCCUCUCCAUACCCAAACCCAAUUCCCAUUCUCCCUUCAAUUUCUCAACUCUCUUUUUCUCCCUCACCUUCAAUUUAACCCAAACACUUCCCAUCACACUCCAAUUCAAAUUCAAUUUUAGGGUUCUUCAUCAUCAUCCCCAAUUCAAUUUUAUGCACCAUGAUUUCCAACCCUUCUUCUAAAUUCUUUCUUAUGAAUGCAAUGUGUCCAUCGGACACCAUCUUCCUCAAAUCCCAAAAUCUCUCUUAUCUGGGUAUCGCCCAUCUUCGCCUCUUCAGAACCUGCCUCAUCUCUCGCCCUAACUAGCCACACCACCACCACCACCACCUCCCCCUCCUCCUCCCUCCUCCUCCACCAUGGUUCCAGAAAAUCCCAGAAACAUAAUCUUCAACAAAUACGAGAUGGGUCGUGUUCUAGGGCAAGGAAACUUCGCCAAGGUCUACCAUGGCAGAAACCUCGCCACAAACGAAAACGUCGCCAUCAAAGUCAUCAAGAAAGAGAAGCUCAAGAAGGACAGGCUUGUGAAGCAGAUCAAGCGUGAGGUUUCCGUCAUGCGCCUCGUUCGCCACCCUCACAUCGUUGAGCUCAAAGAAGUCAUGGCCACCAAGGGGAAAAUCUUCCUCGUCAUGGAGUAUGUCAAAGGCGGCGAGCUUUUCACCAAGGUCAACAAGGGCAAGCUGAAUGAAGACGAUGCUAGGAAGUAUUUUCAGCAGUUGAUAAGUGCUGUGGAUUUCUGCCAUAGCCGCGGCGUCACCCACCGUGAUCUCAAGCCGGAGAAUCUACUCCUGGAUGAGAAUGAGGAUCUUAAGGUUUCCGAUUUCGGCCUCUCCGCGUUGCCGGAGCAGCGGCGGGAUGAUGGGAUGCUUGUUACGCCGUGCGGUACACCGGCUUAUGUCGCGCCGGAGGUUCUGAAGAAGAAGGGGUAUGAUGGUUCUAAGGCUGAUAUAUGGUCUUGUGGGGUUAUCCUAUAUGCUUUGCUUUCUGGGUAUCUUCCUUUUCAAGGGGAGAAUGUGAUGAGGAUUUAUAGGAAGGCUUUCAAGGCUGAAUAUGAGUUUCCUGAAUGGAUUUCGCCUCAGGCGAAGAAUUUGAUUUCGAAUCUGCUGGUUGCUGAUCCUGAGAAGAGGUAUUCAAUCCCUGAGAUCAUCAGUGAUCCUUGGUUCCAAUAUGGGUUCAUGAGACCCCUUGCUUUUUCGAUGAAGGAGUCUGCGGUUGGGGAAGACAGCACCAUUGAUCAUUUUGGUGGGGAGGAGGAAGAGGUGCCUGAAUUGGUGGCUGCAAUGGGGAAGCCUGCGCGCCCGUUUUAUAAUGCGUUCGAGAUAAUUUCGUCGCUGUCGCACGGGUUUGAUCUUAGGAGCUUGUUUGAGACGAGGAAGCGGUCGCCUUCUAUGUUCAUAUCAAAAUACUCAGCGUCCGCGGUGGUGGCGAAGCUUGAGGGGAUGGCGAAGAAGCUGAAUUUCAGGGUCACGGGGAAGAAGGAGUUCACGGUGAGGAUGCAGGGGAUGAAGGAGGGGAGGAAAGGGAAGCUGGCAAUGACAAUGGAGGUGUUUGAGGUGGCACCAGAGGUGGCGGUGGUUGAGUUUUCUAAGUCUGCUGGAGACACGCUGGAGUAUGUUAAGUUCUGUGAGGAACAAGUGAGACCUUCCCUCAAAGACAUUGUUUGGAGCUGGCAGGGUGAUAGUAACUAACUCCAAUCAUUAGUUUCUUGUUGAGAAGUGCUUAUUUUUACAGAGGUUUCAUAAUCGUAGUAUUAGUUUGCUUUAUCUUAUUGCCCAAUUUCAUUUCAUACAAUAUGUAAAUUUCGAAAUUAUGUUCAUGAUUGAUGUUAAUACAUCCAAAGCAGAGUUAUUCAUUAAGGAAAAGCAGUGUUAAUACAUGGUGUAAAGAUUCAAAAUGUAUCAAUUAUUCAAGUUUCUAUGA